UUUUUUUAUGAAGUAUGAAGUUAUGAACUAGAAAUUGUUUUGCACAAAUAAAUAGGAAACUAAUUUUAAAAUUAAAUUUACUUGUACUCCUAAUACAACUUACAGGCAAGAAAAAUCUCGCCUUUGUCAUUAUGUAAAUAUCGUUAAAUUGUGAACUAAAUAAUAAUGGGUGAUUUUGAUAUAAACGAGGCUUUGGCCUCGUUGGAGAUGCUGAUGUCGGAGUUCUUUGCACCAACUACAAAUAAUUUCAGAAAAAGAGAAAUUGAAAAUAUGUUGGAAAACUUUUCCAAUGCUAGAGACUCAUGGAAACAUUGUUUGUUAUUUCUUCAAAAAUCUCAAAAUCAGUAUGUUUUGAUGUUUAUAUUGACAACAUUGGAGAAAAUAAUAAAUCGACAAUGGAUAAGAUUGUCAGAUGAUGAAAAAACAGAAGUCCGACUAACUUUAAUGAAUGAGCUUAUGAACAAACAUGAUGUGAUGUACUUUAUUAGAAAUAAAUUAGCUGCUCUGCUAGUGUCCAUAGCCCGCUACGACUGGCCACACUUGUAUCCUGAUUUCUUCACAAACAUUGUUGAGUUAUUAAAAUGUGAGGGUCGUCAAUGCAUAGUUGGCUUGGUGUUAGCUCAAGCAGCGAGUGAAGAGUUGGGUGCAGCUCGGGAUACUGGAGUGUUACUGCCCUCAGCACGAAAGAGUCAACUAGAACGACUUAUGCUUAAAGGCAUGCCUCAAAUGCUUGCAGCACUAAGUGCUAUAUUGGAAAAAAAUGCUCAAAAAGAAGGUCAAUCGAAUCCCCCACCAUCGCCCACCAGUGGCUUACCACAAACUUCGGCACUACCUGAUUUAUUAGCAAAUGCUCAUGAUGUACAUUCAACCGAAAAAGCACUGAAUAUGGAAAUAGUUGUUAAAUGUCUGACUACACUUCAGCAUUUAUUUUCAUGGUUGCCACUGUCUUCCCACGUACCUCCUUCUCUCGUUACUACGGUGUUCUAUUGGGGCAGUAUUGCUACACAAUCACAGAGCACGGAGGCGGCGCUGGCGGGGCUAGGCGGCGUGUGCGAGCUACUGUACCGGCGGUACGCGCCGCCGUCGUCGGCAGCCACGGCGCUGCGCCUGCAGCAUUGCGCGCUGCGCCUGCUGCGACACCUGCACCACGCGCACCACAUGAUGCGCGCGCACCCCGAUUAUCUGAACAAGUUAGCUGAGUUCCUAAAGUUAUUUGUGUCCCUGCAUUUUAAGAGGCUCGAGGCCGAGCCUGAGUUUGAUGCUAUAGAAUUUUUAUCAUAUUUAUUCCAGUACACAUUCCAGGUCCCGACAUGUGCAACAUUUGUAAGCUGCUUAGAUAUAUGGAUACAAUUUAUAGAUGUAUUAAAACCUGAAGACACUCCAAAAUAUUGGGAGGCACUUCAAGCUUUAGUGAUUAGCAUAUUAAAUAAAAUACAAUUCCAGCACAAUAAAGCACAGCUACAGCAUCUCGACAAUGAUGUGUGCGACGAUGAUGGCGAAACCGAAUGGCAGACAUUCCUUAAACAUUGUAUAGAAUGCAUCGCUCGAGUAGCAGACUUGGCGCCUCUAGAAGUAUUCACAGCUGUGAUGGAGCGGUGGCAGUGCCUGGCGGACGUGCAUGCGCGGGCGGCGGGGCGCGGCGGCGCGGGCGGGGAGGCCGAGCGACUGCUGGCCGCGCUGCUCGACCUCGCCACGCUAACGCGUCUUCUGGGCCGUCUCGCGCCCGCGCUGCUCGCCGAACCUGAGAGCGGCGCAACGGGCGGUGGAGCGGGCGGAGCGACGCGUGCGCAGACGGCGGGCGCGGCGCUGGUGGAGCGCUGUGCGAGCGCGCUGGCGGGCGCAGCACUGACGCGGCCGCACCGCGCACACCCCUCGCCGGCGCUCGCGCGUGCGCACGUUAUACUGCACGCGGAGAUGUUCGCGUGCAUGGGCGCGUGGUGCUGCUACGCGGGCGAGGUGCGCGCGGCGCCGCCCACCAUGCAGGGGCUGCUGGCCAGCGCGCUGCCCUUCCUCGUGCCGCACGACGCGCCAGAGCCCCCUCUACUGUGUCACGCGGCGGCUCAUCUCCUGCUCAGUCUGUCGAAAAACGUCAAGUUCGCAAACGAUCCGAUGGUUAUGUUGAGCGAUUUAUAUAAUCACGCGCAACGAUCUUUGCAUUACUUGGAGCCGAAGACCGCCGGCGUAGUCCGCGAGGCGCUGGUGUCGCUGGCGCUGGCGCGCGGCUCGACCGGCAGCGCGACCGGCGGUGCGGUGGGCGGCCAGGAGGCGGCGCGCGCGCUGCUUGCUUCCUGGUCGGCUGCGCUGCCGGUAGCCGGGCCCGCCGCCGCGCUACCGCCGCUGACUGCGCUACUCCACGCAUUUGCUGCAGCGCCGACUGCCGCUAAAAAAAUAAUAGCGGAGGGCGUGUCAUCGGCGGCGGAGAGCGCGUUGCGGAUGCUGUGCGAGCCGGCCUACGCGACCGCAGAGACUGACAUCACGGAUUUCUUCCUCGCGCUCUUCACGGCGCUGUUACCGCAGCUCGGGGCUUUCGCGUACACCGCUAUCGACGUCUUUCUCGAGGUAGCGCAGAGGGACUCCGGUGACGGCUCGGGCAGCCUGGAGCGCCUGGUGGAGUGUGUGCGACUGGGCGUGGAGGCCGGCGGCGGUGGAGUGCGCGUGCGUGCGGUGCUGCAGCUGCUGCACACGCACGUGCUGCCGCGCGCAGACCCCGCACCCGCGCUCGCCCGCGCCGCGCACCGCCUGCUCGCCAGGUACGAGCGCCGCUGUCGACCGCGAGCCGAGAGCAGCAAGCCCUCAUUCGAGCGUCUAACUCGUGAUGUCCCACAGCGUGCUCAUCCAUCGCUGGCGUUACUUCUUCCCGCACUCGUGCGAGGGGGAGGAGGGCGCGCGGCGCACGAGCGAGCUGCGCGGCGCGCUGGCGGCGGUGGGGCGCGCGCUGCUCGCGCACGACAUCGAGCUGCUACGCGGAGCGCUCGCCACCAUCGACACGCUCAACGCCAAGUGGAAGCUCUAUCACAAGGCGAUAUUCCGAAGCGAGUUCAUGUGCGAGUUCCUGUCAGUGCUGUUGUCGGGGCUGGCGGAGGGCGGCGCUCGAGCCCUGCUGCGCGACGAGGCGCUGGGAGCCGUGCACGCGAUGGCGGCAGUGGACUUCGCCGUCUUCCGUCAUGGUUUCCUGCCGCACUUCCUGCAGUCGCUGCCCGGCCUCGACCCGCAGCGCCUCGGGGAGUUCCCGCCAGAUACGGAUCUACCCACGUUUACUCAAAACAUCUUGCGAUUGAUGAAUGAUGUUAACUGCUAUCGAGCAUAUCAAUCACUUACAUGUAAUGAAAUGGGUCUCUAGUGAACUUCAAUGGGUCUCAGUGAACUAUUGGUGCUGUGAUACAGACCAGCUAGGGAUUAGGCCACUGGUACUUUAGAAAUCAAUUUUAUACAAAAAAAAAAACUAAAUACCAUCUCAUAAUUACACCCUCGUAAUUAAUUUGAUUCAUUUUUAUAAAAAAAGUAGUUACAACUACUUUUUGUGUACAUUACGUUAGGUGCAUUUACAGCUUUAUUUAACUGAGUUUAAACAUUAUGCAGUUAGAUUUUGUUUUUAAAUCUGAUAAAAGACGAAUUUAUAGUUCAGACAAUGUUGUGUUAUUUUUAGUUUACUAGUCAUAGAAGACGAAUAAUAAAUACUACUUGGUUUUAGUAGUAUAUUUUAAUUUUGAAUGUUUUCCCAUAUUUUUUUAAAUAAAAUGUAGUUUCUCAUAGGUUAUUGAUGAUGCGCUCAAUCAUCUAAUAGAAUGCCCAUUUUAACUUAGACAAAUAACAUAAUAAAGUAUAUAUGUUUUCAGAAAUCUGCCUCAAGUGGUAAUGAUAUAUUAUUUAAAAUAAAAUUGCAUUGUAAUAAUUUUAAAUAAACCAAUUAAUGAAGAUCCAUUGGUAUAUAUCCUCAUCACAAUAACAACAAAAACAAAAGUAAUAAAUAUUUUUUUCAGAUUUAUUUAAAUGGUCAUUCUGAUAGUAUGGUUUUUUAUGUUAUGACGUAUACUUUUAUUUUUAUCGAAACACUCAAUACGAAUAUUUAAAGUUGACGAAAAUAAAAAUACAGGUAAAAAAUUGUAUAUGUAGUUUGGGUAAUUACGAUGAUAGUGUUUUUCUAGAAGGUUGAAAAAAGCGUGAAGGUUUUUGAUACUAUUUUUAAAAUAACUCAAUCGUACCCGUGUUAAAUCGGGCUAGUCGCUAGUUUGAUAUUUUUUAGAUAUUUCAAACGUUAGAGAAUACGGGACCAAGUUUAUUUAAUAACCUUUACCCUAUUUUGGAGUUUCUAUAAGUCCCACAUAAAUGACUAAGGUGAAUUGAAUGAAUUUGUUAUUAUAUUGAAGCCUGUAAUAUAAUAUUUUAUGUAUGUUUUAUAUAUUCAUAUUAUGAAGAGUGCAGUAACUGUGUUUAUUAUUAUUUGUAAGUUUUAUGAGUUCACUAUUUACUGUACAAAAGUUGAAAGUAAAUGGUUGAAGCAAUAAAGAUAAGGUUCCUUCAAAAA